AUGGCGAAAGUUUUUUCAAUUCGUGGACAGGCUCUGAAGCUCGACACGGCUGCUGACCUGGAGAAGCAUGUCGGUCCCCUCAAAGACAACGCAGAUGUAGAAGAGGUGCAUAUCGAGGGAAACACGAUCGGUGUUGAAGCUUCUGAGGCACUCGCGAAAAUCCUCGAGACCAAGCAGAAUCUGCGAUUUGCCAAUCUUGCAGACAUCUUUACCGGUCGUCUGCUCUCCGAAAUUCCUCAAGCCCUUGACGCCCUGCUCAAGGCCCUACUCAAGUGCCCGAAGCUACACACGAUCAAUCUGAACGAUAACGCUUUCGGUCUGAACACUGUCGAACCACUCAGACCAUUUCUCAGCCAGCACACACCCCUCCAGCAUCUCUACCUCAACAACAAUGGUCUCGGUCCAGCGGCUGGCACUCUGGUGGCCGAAGCUCUCACACAACUAGCAGAGAACAAGAUUGCUGCUCGAAAAGAAGGAAAGGAUGUGCCAGAUCUUGAAACUGUCAUCUGUGGCCGCAACCGGCUCGAAACAGGCAGUAUGCCAGCUUGGGUCAAGGCUUACACUGCAAACAACAAGGUCAAAACUGUGAAGAUGGUGCAGAACGGUAUUCGACAAGAGGGCAUUGCACAACUCAUUCAGCACGGCCUGUCAAACUGCGCAGAACUCGACACUCUCGAUCUACAAGACAACACUUUCACCGCCCUGGCAGCUAAGACGCUGUCCACGAUUGUGCCCUCUUGGACUCAAAUCCGCGAUCUUGGAGUUGGUGACUGUCUUCUCUCAGCACGUGGAGGUCGUAUGCUUGGCGAAGCACUGGCAAAGGCAGGGAACAAGAAACUCGAGGUCCUGCGCUUACAAUACAACGAAAUCGACUCGAAGGGCCUCAAAGCCCUAUCCGAGGCAGCUCAAGGCUCGGCGCUACCACGUCUCCGAAGGGUCGAGCUGAAUGGCAACAAGUUUGCUGAGGAAGAUCCCUCGAUCGAGAAGCUUAGAGAAGUUCUUGAGACUAGAAAGGAGCAGAAGGCUGAGGAGUAUGCCGGUGUAGACGAGGAUGACGAGGACAAUUGGGGCAUUGACGAGUUGGAUGAGCUUGAUGAUGACGAUGAAGAAGAGGAAGAAGAAGAUGAGGUUGAAGAUGAGGAAGAGAAGGUGAUCAAGGAUGCUGACACAGCGGAGGAUGAACCGGUGGCUGCCAAGAAGGACAAGGAUGUGGACGAGCUUGCGAAUGCACUGGAGAAGACAGAAAUCAAGUGA